CUCACCGACGCCGUAAUUAGAGGUUAUGUAAAAUCUGGUCUCUCAUCUUAACAUAAAUAAAUACUCUCAAUUCUCUUCUUAUUUCUCUGCUCUCUUAUCUUUUCUCUCUCUAAAUUCUCUCUCAACCCUUUUUCCGGUUUACAUUCCCAGAUUUUUCUAUAAUAAAAUCAUACAUUGUUUUUUUUUGUUUGUUAGUCACGUUGAAUUUAAUCAGCAUUACUGGGUUUUAAUUUUUUAUUUUGCGAAAAAAGUUUGAUUUAGUGUGGAAUUUUUAGCAAUUAAUUUGACUUGAGAAAUUCUUUUUCACUCAGAUUUAAUCACUUUCCCCGACGCGCAAAAAUUUCUGAAAAUUUGAGAAAUUCAAGGCAUCUUCUUUAAUUAUAUAAUUAAUUCAGGUAUUAUUUAAUUCAUUGAAUCAAUCUUGCCAUUCUUUGUUAAUUUGCUUAAAUUUCCUGAGUAUUUCCUCACAAUAGCUGCAUACUCAGAAUAAAAUCAUUCUUUUUUCCAAAAUUACAUCUGAAUGAGUAGAAAAGAUUGAAACUUUUCAUUAAUUAGUCCUCAAUAAAUGGUGGGUAUUGUUGAAAAAAAGCAAAAACCUCAAGAAUAUAGCUUAAUUAUGUGUAAGGUUGAAGAAUCUUCAACUGAGUUGAUUAGAGAGAGAAAAGGUGUUAACAAUGGCGGUGUUGUAGGAGAAAGAGAAUGGAAGAUGGAUAUAAAAGUUGAAAAUAUUUUGGGUGAUUCUCCAAAAAAUGAUAAAUAUAGAGCAUCAAUGGCGGCAAAUCAUCGAUCUAAGAGAUUAAAAUUAGGUUUUGUUACAAUUUUUUUGUGGUUGGUUUUAAUGGCACUUACUACUGUACAAAGUGGUGAUAAUUGGAAAGCAAGUGCGAUUAAAGGUUGGUCUUACAGUUGCUUCAAUCAUAGUGAUUAUGAUUCACAUUUGAAAGUUCUUGACAGCUCUCAAAUCCUGCCUAAGAUCGAUCGUCCCCCAAAAAGGGUUUAUAAGAACAAUGGUUACCUUAUGGUUUCUUGCAAUGGUGGACUUAAUCAAAUGCGUGCCGCGAUAUGUGAUAUGGUUGCUAUUGCUAGAUAUCUGAAUGUAACUCUUAUUGUUCCGGAGUUGGAUAAAACUUCAUUUUGGCAGGAUCCUAGUGAUUUCGAAGACAUAUUUGAUGUUGAUCAUUUCAUCAAUUCAUUGAGAGAUGAAGUUCGGAUAUUGAAAGAGUUGCCACCACAUAUGAAGAGUCGAAUUGAAGAAAAACCGGCUCAUUCAUUGGCCCCGGUUAGCUGGUCUGACCUUUCCUAUUAUCAUAACCAGAUACUUCCCUUGUUCAUGAAGAACAAGAUUGUACACUUGAAUAAAACUGAUGCCCGGCUUGCGAAUAAUGGGUUGCCUCUCGAAAUUCAAAAGUUGCGCUGUAAGGUGAAUUAUCAAGCAUUGAAAUUCACUCCUCAAAUUGAGGAAUUGGGGCAAAGGGUUGUCAACAUCCUGAGAGAAAAGGGCCAAUUUCUGGUUCUUCAUCUUCGAUACGAAAUGGAUAUGUUAGCAUUUUCAGGCUGUACUCAGGGAUGUACUGCAGAUGAGGCGAGAAAUCUGACAGAUAUGAGGUAUUCCUACCCUUGGUGGAAGGAAAAAGUCAUAGACUCAGAUGUUAAACGGCGAGAUGGUCUCUGCCCAUUGACCCCUGAGGAAACUGCCUUAACCCUGAGUGCACUGGGAAUUGAUCGCAAUAUCCAAAUUUAUAUUGCUUCAGGGGAAAUUUACGGAGGGAAAAGGAGAAUGGCCAGCUUAGCCGCAUCUUACCCAAAUUUGGUGAGAAAGGAGACCCUACUUGAACCGUCAGACUUGAGAUUUUUCCAAAAUCACUCUUCUCAAAUGGCUGCAUUAGACUAUUUGGUCUCUUUGGAGAGUGAUAUAUUUGUUCCUACUUAUGAUGGAAACAUGGCUAGAGUUGUCGAGGGCCAUCGCAGAUAUAUGGAUUUCAAGCAGACAAUUUCUCUGGAUAGGAAGCUCUUGGUUCACUUGAUUGAUCAAUACAGCGACGGAUCAUUGAGUUGGGAUGAGUUCUCAUCUGCUGUGAAGGAAGCUCAUGCUGACCGUAUGGGAACUCCCCAUACCCGAACUGUGAUUCCUAAUAAACCCAAAGAAGAGGACUAUUUCUAUACCAAUCCUUAUGAAUGUUUGGAACAACAACCAGAUGAAGCAUUGCAAAUCGCGUGAAUUCUCUAGUUUCUCUCUCCUCCAUGCUGAUGGGAUGUUCCUAUACACAUCCAGAUGCAACUUUUGUACAGUUUGCAUCAUGCACACACAUACACACCGGUGGCCUCUUCCCACAUACACAGGUAUAAGCAUAAUACAGAAGGGCUGAUGAUUUCGAGCCAUAGAUUGAAAACUAAUGCUUUCUUAGGCUUUCUUCAGCACAUCAUGAACAUAUUUUUUAGUCUUGUUACACCCUAGCUAAUAAGUUUAUUACAUGUAUAGAGAAGCUAGCUUGCCAUUCUCAUAGGUUUCCUGAUAUGAAUGAGCCACAGUUGUAGACUACAGCUUGCAUAUACAGGUCAUUCAAAAUUUUGGAAUUCUUUUCUUCUUUUUCCCUGUCGAAUUUGUCGAUGUCAUUGAUACUAAAUUAUAUGGUUUUUGAAGCA